AUGGCUGGCUUGUUCGAUCGGCAACUGCAAGCAGAGGCAUACGCUAAUGGAAGGCCAACAUAUCCCAGCGAAUGGUACUCGAAGAUCGCAGAUCUCACCCCUAAUCGGACCUUGGCCUGGGAUGUCGGCACUGGCAAUGGUCAGGCAGCAAUUGGGAUCGCUGAGCACUACGAACAAGUGAUUGCAACUGAUGUGAGCAAACCCCAAAUAGAGCAUGGAAUACCACACCCAAAGGUUCGUUAUGUUCAUACCCCACCCUCUAUGUCUAAAGAUGAAUUAGCUUCAUUGGUAGGUGGUGAAGGUUCAGUUGAUCUGAUCAUUGUGGCUCAAGCUGUGCACUGGUUUGACUUCCCAAGCUUUUAUUCUCUUGUUAAUCAUGUCUUAAGAAAACCAGAUGGUGUAAUCGCUGUUUGGGGUUACAGACAUGUAAGUGUAGAUCCAGUUUUUGACCCAGUCAUGAAACGCUUCAACGACAUUGCUCUUCCUUUCUUCCAUCCAAGCAUUGGUUACUUGGAAGAUUCUUAUCGCAGACUUCCAUUUCCAUUCGAGAGCGUCGGUAUUGGAUCAGAAGGGAAUCCAUUGUUGCUUGACUUACCCCAGGAGACAUCACUUGAUGGGAUAUUGAAUUGGUUAAGAUCAUGGUCUCCAGUCAAUACAGCUAAAGAAAAAGGUGUUGAUUUGUUAUCUGAAGAUGUGGUUAAAGAGUUUGAGGCCGCAUGGGGUGGUCCUUCUGAUAUGAAGAGAACAGUGAUUCACAAGGCUUUCAUGAUUGCAGGCAAACCAAGGAUUUAA